UCCGUUGUUCCGGGCAGGGUUUUUACGCCCAGGAUAAGGGUCAGCGCAACGGUAAAGCAGACAAAAUGGCGGCUGGAAUCAAAGCUUCAAAAGUGAGCCCAAAGUUCCUCCAUAGCAACUCAACCUCCCACACAUGGGUGUUUUCAGCCAUUGCUGAAAUAAUUGAUAAUGCUUGUGAUACUGACGUACGUGCCAGAGAUUUAUGGAUAGAUCAAGAAACUAUAAAUGGUACACCAUGUCUCACAUUUCUCGACAACGGUGGUGGCAUGACACCAGACAAGUUAAAUAAAAUGUUAGGAUUUGGUUUCAAUGAGAAGGAAGAUGUUGGAAAACAUUUGGCAAUUGGUAGAUAUGGCAAUGGAUUUAAAUCUGGUAGUAUGCGUAUAGGUCAGGAUGCACUAGUGAUUACAAGAGGACUUCAGACAGCAAGUGUGGGAUUUCUAUCACAGUCCUAUCUCAGUGCUAUCAAUGCUGAUACAGUAUUAGUGCCAGUUGUGACAUGGGACAUAACUCCUGUAGGAUUGACCAGGAAACGUAGCAUACAUAAUAAUCAUGGUCUUAAGGCUAUUCUAGAUUAUUCUGUAUUCAAAUCUGAAGAAGAGCUCACAAGACAAUUGGAUGAGCUUGGAUCCAGACCUGGCACAAAGAUUAUUAUCUCCAAUUUGAGAAAGGAUAGUUAUGGUAAUCUUGAGUUGGAUUUUGUGUCAGACCCAGUUGAUAUCAGGAACCCAGAGACUGAAGCUUUGGAUCCUACAGUUAUCUCUAACAGAAAUCGUCAAGCUCCAGCUACCAUUACACCAGAGUACAGAAGGUCAUUAAGGGAGUAUUGUUCCAUCCUAUAUUUGAGACCAAGGAUGAAGAUAAGCAUACGUAAGAAGCGGGUUCCAACCAAGUUAAUAGAGAAGUCAUUACAAAAGACAGAAGAAGAUGUGUAUAAUCCACAGUGGGCUAAUUUUCGAGGUGGAGUGAAACUAACUUUUGGUUAUACGAAGGACAAAUCUCCGGAUGCCCUAUAUGGCUUCAUGACAUAUCACAAUAAUCGACUGAUAAAAGCAUACGAAAAAAUUGGAAUUCAAAAGAAGGCAACUGGGGAAGGUUACGGCAUCAUUGGAGUAGCUGAAGUCAAUUUCUUGGAGCCGAUACAUAAUAAACAGGACUUUAGACCAACAGGACAAUAUAAUGCAUUUAUGAACAAUGCAGCGAAAAAACUGAGAGAUUACUAUGAAGAGAAGACAUACACUGAAGGCUCUAGUACUGGAGCUGUGUCACAACUUGAGGAAUCAUGGAAUUGGGUUCAAUGUGAUAACUGUAUGAGUUUUAGACGACUGCCAGGUGACUUUGAUAUGAAAAAACUUCCAGAGAAAUGGUACUGCAAAAAUAACCCAGAUCCACUCUUCAACCGCUGUGAGAUACCCGAAGAGUUAGAAGGAGAAGAUGAAGAGACAGUACAACCAAAACCAACUUACAUAAAAACAGUGCAGAAAAAGAAGGCAGAGAAGAAACGACUGGGAAAACUGGAAGAGGAAAGGAAAGCGAGGGAGAAAGAGGAAGCUCUAAAUGCAGCAAAAGAAACAGCAGCUGAGGAAGCCAAACAGAAGGAAGAGGCCUUAAAAGCUGCAAGAGAGAAGGAAGAAGCCUUAAAGGCAGUAGCAGAAGAAGCUAAGAGAAGGGAGGAAGCAUUAAAAGCAGAGAGAAAAAGAAUAAGAGAAGAAUCCUUGAAAAAGGAGGCGACACUGAUGAAAGAGGUUGAAAAACAAAGGAAAGCUUUAGAAAAACAGAAGAAAGCACUAGAUUACAUUAACCCAGAUAUUGCUGCUGAAGAGAGACGAAUGGGAAAUGCAUUAUUUAAGCAAGGGAAAUACAGUGAAGCAUUGAAACAUUACAAUGAGGCAAUCAAAAGGAAUCCGAAAGAUGCCAAUCUUCACAGCCAUAAAGCUGCUUGUUAUACAAAACUGCAUGAGUUCAGCAGAGCAUUGGCAGCCUGUGAUGACAGUUUGCAUAUAGAUCCCAAAUUUAUAAAGGGGUAUUUACACCGUGGAAAUAUCUCAUACCGUAUGAAAAAUAAUAAAGAGGCAGUCUGGGCAUAUGAGAAAGCCCUGCAGUGUGAUCCUAACUGUGCAUGACUACGAGUUUUCAAGUAUAGGAAAUCCAAGUCUUUCCGUUUCGACCACGCAAGCGUCUACACAGACAAAAGAAUAUGGCCAUGAGGUAAAUAACACUUUGAGGCCGACAAGCCUGUUUCAUGGGUCGAAUGAACCUAACGAAACCGUGACCCCUAAGAGAGUCGCUUUCGAGGUUCCGGACUCAAGUAAUAAUUUAAUACAAUUGUCAGAAAAGGAUGCAUAUUUUCAAUCUACGCCACGCGCGAGGCCUGAUGCUCCAUCUUUUUGGCAGUCACCUAUUACUAACAGGUAUAAUGAUACCGCUCUUGCCGGGUUGGAUCCGUUUACGUAUACACAGUCACCAUCCAUGGCGCCGCCGCCGUAUCAAUCUUACGACAGUUCAGUACGUACGCCAGUAAAUCAUAAAGAAGUAAAACCUCCGAAAUUCGACGGGGAUCCAAAUAAAUUAGAAUCUUUUAUCAUGAGUUUUGAAAAAGCUUCAAGAAUUAACGGUUGGGAUAGCUAUAUGAUGGCGGAUCGUGUUUGGCUGGCAGUGCCUGAUAUUGUACAGAAACAUAUACAUUCUAUGCCUUUGUCGGAACAAUCACAAUAUGAGUCUAUUAAAAGAUUGUUAAAGUCUAGGUUUGGUACCUUAGGUACAGAUUCAGCCCGUAUUGCGUUGCGGCAACGUAGGAAAAAGUCCGACGAAACUAUACAGCAGUAUGUUAAUGAGCUAGUAGUAUUAGCCGAACAAACGUACCCUGGCGAAAAGGGACCAUUCUUUCAGAGUUAUUUGAUAGAUAGAUUUUUGGACGGGUUAGGCAACGAAUGUUGGGUUGAAAAGAUUAGGGAAUAUAUGUUUAUACAUCAUACAGAGCGUCUGGACGACGUCAUCGCACAUGCGCGAUACUUAGAAAUGUCUAAUCCGGGAACAAAUGUUAGGAAGCCGAGGCCUGAAUACAAUAACGAUGCGGGGCAAAAUGUUCAAUUCAAUCCGAUGCUGCCGCAAAAUGUAGAUCGGUUUCCAAGACAAAACGAGUGUAGAUUUCCGAAUCCAAACAGUUUUAUGUUUCCGCCUCCUUUUCCUAUACCUGUACAAAAUAGACCUCCGUUUCAAGGCCCUCGUAAUGAUUACAGUCGACCUAGAAUACAAGUUAAUUGUAGACGUUGCGGAAAAUUAGGUCAUAUAGCAGCUUAUUGUACAGCACCACGACCUUUAAACUAGGUCCGGCUGACCUUGACGGCGAAAGGUCAGCCCUACAUCAAGAAAUUAAGCCGGAAAAACAUGUUAGCUUUGCCGGAAUGCCAGAUACUAACUACGACCGCAGCAACAGUCAAAGUCCGAUUAGUAAACAAAUUUCUGCACCGGUCUUUGGAGAUACCCCAGUUAAAGUAGUUCAGUCAAAUGAUAAUCAAAGCACUGAAAGCACGGAAA